AUGAGCGCAAUUUUACAGGACAUUGACAUUGAUGUGGUGGCCGUGCUGAAUGAUACUGUUGGUACAUUGAUGGCAUGCGCAUUCAAAGAGAACACCUGCCAAAUAGGGGUGAUCGUUGGAACUGGAAGCAAUGCGUGCUACAUGGAAAAGAUCGACGUUUGCGAAAAGCUAAAGGAUCUGCAUCUGGAAAAAGACGGACUGCCAGAUGAGAUGAUCAUCAACACGGAGUGGGGAGCAUUCGGCGAUGAUGGGGCACUGGAAUUUGUUCGAACCCAGUUCGAUCGUGAAGUGGAUGAGCAAACGAUCAAUCCCGGCAGACAACUAUUCGAGAAGAUGAUCUCGGGAAUGUACAUGGGCGAGCUGGUGCGCGUAAUCCUGGCUCAUUUAGCUCGUCUGAACCUGCUCUUCAACGGCAACUACGAGGCAAUCUCGAAGCCACACUCCUUCCCGACCAAAUAUGUCUCGGAAGUCGAAAAGUGCGUUCAGUAUUUGUUUGUUAUUAAAUACUAAGA